UGGGUGGAGAUGGUGAAGCACAAGAGCUAAAAUAGCGCCACUUGACCAGUUUGCUCUGUUAAUGGAGGACGCCAUAGCUUUCUCUCUCUCUCUUCUGUAGCAGAGCACAUCUCCACUUGUCCAUAGUUUCAUUAUUUUUCUCUUCAUUCAUCUUGACGUUUUCCCAAUUCUCCCCCUCUUAUCGCAUUUCCUCUCUCUUUUUCCAUUUCUCGCUCUCCCUCUUCGCCUUUCUCCCGUUUCUCUUUCAAUUUCAGUCUCACCCACCACUCUUUUAACCCUAAAUUCCCCCUCCCAUGGCUUCCCACUGUGAAAAAAAUCAUCUUCAGCCCGAUUCUGCCCCCCAUCUCAACGGUGACGCCAAUACCCACUUGCCCAAGAAGCCCAAACUCGCCCCCACUUCCAUUUCUGAUUCCGAAAUUCAAUCUGAGUUCUCCCACCAUGACCCUUCUGUUGCCCGAAUCAACAACGGCAGCUUCGGCUGCUGCCCUUCUUCUGUCAUCUCCGCCCAACAGCAAUGGCAACUCAAGUUCCUCCGCCAGCCCGACAACUUCUACUUCAACGAGCUCAAGAAGGGGAUUUUUGAAUCCAGAACCAUAAUCAAGGACCUCAUCAAUGCCGAGCAUAUCGACGAGGUCUCUAUUGUCGAUAACGCCACCACUGCCGCCGCCAUAGUGCUUCAGAAAAUCGCUAGGGAUUUUGCGGAUGGGAGGUUCGAGAAGGGGGAUGCUGCGGUUAUGCUUCACUACGCGUAUGGUGCUGUGAAGAAGUCCAUAGAGGCGUACGUUUCUCGAGCUGGUGGGUAUGUUAUUGAGGUUCAAUUGCCUUUCCCCGUUGAGUCUAAUGAUGAAAUUAUAUGUGAAUUUCGUAAGGCCUUGGAGAGAGGGAAGGCCAAUGGUAGGAAGGUUCGUCUGGCUGUGAUUGACCAUAUUACAUCCAUGCCUUGUGUGGUUAUUCCCGUUAAGGAAUUGGUUAAGAUUUGUAGGGAAGAGGGUGUUGACCAAGUUUUUGUUGAUGCUGCUCAUGCUAUUGGGUGUACUGAUAUUGAUAUGCAAGAAAUUGGGGCUGAUUAUUACACUAGUAAUUUGCAUAAGUGGUUCUUUUGCCCACCCUCUAUUGCUUUCUUGUAUUCUAGGAGGUCCCCAAGUCUUUCUGAUUUGCAUCAUCCUGUUGUUUCUCACGAGUACGGUAAUGGGUUGCCCAUAGAAAGUGCUUGGAUUGGAACCAGGGAUUAUAGUUCUCAAUUGGUGGUGCCGUCGGUUUUGAAGUUUGUUAAUAGGUUUGAAGAUGGGAUUAAGGGAAUCAAGAAACGGAAUCAUGAGGCUGUUGUUAAGAUGGGAGAGAUGUUGGCAGGAUCAUGGAAGACGCCUCUUGGCUGUCCACCAAAUAUGUGUGCAAGUAUGAUCAUGGUGGGGCUGCCUUCAUGUUUGGGCAUCUUGAGUGAAUCUGAUACUCUGAAGUUGAGGACGCAUUUGCGGGAAGAAUUUAGAGUCGAAGUCCCAAUAUAUUACCGUGCUCCGAAAAAGGAAGAAAUGAGCCCUGUAACAGGAUAUGCCCGAAUUUCUCAUCAAGUGUACAAUAAAUUUGAAGAUUAUAUCAGGUUUAGAGACGCAAUCAAUGACCUUGUGCGUGCUGGCUUCACUUGUGCUCAACUUUCCAAGUGAGGACUGAGGAGCAAGGCUUAUGAAAGCGGCACGCUACGGUUCCUCUUCUGCUGCACAGCCAUGGUUUCGGUAACCAUGGGCUCACCCCCAAAACACUUCAAAGGCGGAUGCACCGAGCAGAAUAAUGUCAUUAAUCUUUUAAUGGCUCAAAAAGUUCCUUAGAGGAUAACUUAACCUGUGUAUCAGGCUUCAUGAUCAGCAUAGUUCUUGUACAUGUUCCAAUGUCUUACUGAUACUUGGGUGCUUUUGACUCUAAUUAACUAUCGAAUGAAGUACCAUUUUCGGUCCAAGUUAAGGCCGUAUGAUGUAGAGUAGAGUGGACGUUUACUUUAGUGGGUGUCGAGUUGUGGAGUUUCCAUGCCYGACGAGUGUGUGAGUUUCCUCCAUCCAUAAUGAAAUGACUCUGCAGAUUUUGAUGAAUUGCAGUUCCAUAUACAGUCCAAUCUAAUUCCCUACUCA